AUGAUUCGUCCAGCCACGCCGGGCACCCUUCUCACCUUGGUGGCGGCCGUCUUGCUGGGUCUCGUCACUAUCUCGAAUCCCAUUAUCAAGUCCAUCUACUUCUUGCAGGCCACUAUCGGCGGCAAUGGCCCUCAGGCUGGCGAGGUCGCUCGUUUCGGUACGUUGGGCUACUGUCUCGGCAGUAAAUGCAGCAGUCCCACGCUGGGUUACUCGUUUGAUCCGAAUCAGCUACUAGGCAUUCAGGUCGUCGGUAGCAGAUACACCUCGGCCGUUGUCAAGGGUCUCACCUACACGCUCGUCCUUCAUCCCAUUGCUCUCGCCUUUGCUGUCGUUGCGGUGCUCCUGGGGCUCAUCUCGCACUGCCGCGAUUUCUCGACCAAUUGUUUUGGCAGUUUCGUCACCGGCAUCGGCGCUUUCAUCACCCUCGUUGCCUUCGGUCUCGAUCUUGCGCUCUUCAUCAUUGCCAAGAAGCGCAUUGACUCGAUCAACGGCGCUUCCGCCUCGCUCGGCAUGGCCAUCUGGAUGACGUUAGCUGCAUGGAUCCUCAUGUUCCUCGCGGGCUGUGCCUUCAGCUGCGGAAUUUGCAGCCGAAGGAGGCGCAAUCGCGUCAAGGACUCACACGUCGACGACGCAUACGGUGCACGCCCCAACGCCCCUGUGCGCGAUAACUACGGCCAACAGAUGCGUCUGGACGCCCUCGACGCAGAAGCCGACAGGAAGCGCAGACAAGCUACACUUGACAGGAACAACCGAGAGCGCGCGGACCUGCCCAAGUUUGCAGAGUACGAGACCGAGUACGAGGUGCCCCUCAAGAACGACUACGAUGACGGUGCUUACUCGAACGGAGCCAGCCAGCACCAACCGGGACUGGCCUACUCGACCAACAACAGCGUUGCACGGGCCGGCGGAGCUGGUGCCGCAGCUGUGGCCGGAGGCUCGGUCAUCAAUGGCGUUGGACAGGGCUAUGGCAGGAGGCCAACACAGCGAAGUCACGCCGAAGACUUCUCCAACUCGCAACCCAUGCUGAACAACUCGGCCGGUCAUGGAGCGCAUAACUUUACCGCGCACAGGCAAGACACAAUGUCGUCCGCGGCUGGCGGUGCUGGUCUUUCCACGAGCCACAGCGACGCUACCUACGUUCCUGGUGUCGGCCCACAGCCAUUCCGCGAAGACUCGCUGACACCGGCGCCACGACCGUAUCCUCAGGUUUCGUCUCCUCCGCCCAUGCCUGAGUUCCCUCAGCACCAUCAGUAUCAAUCGCAAUCGCCGUCGCCGCAACCGCAGUAUGAUGCGUACGGCAAUGUAAUCUCUUCCGCUAUGGUACAACAGCAGAGCGGCAGCCAUUUCAACCAAUCGAACAAUGCAGCGCGUCGUCAGCCCACGGCCGAGUACGGUCAUCCCGCCGAGUACUCGGGAGCGACGUUUGGACCUUCUUCAUCUGGCUUCAUGCAGCACGGUUCCGAUCCUGCAGCAGCUGGUGGAGGCUCGCGCGUGCUUGGAUCGCGCACUCUGCCGAGCAUCCCACAGCACGACGCAGCUGAGCCUCAAGAGAUCGUCUAUGAUGGCAGUGCGGCUCCCGUGGAUCGUCGCCAGGGAACUAUCGACGACGGUUUCGGCCUUGCCUCGGUCGCACACGGCUCACAACACCAGCACGAACCGACGCACGAGACUGGCUACGACCAGUACGCGUCCUCCGCAUACGGUCACCAGACGCAAGCGCAGCAUCAACAGCAGCAUCAACAGUAUCACUCGUCCUAUCCAUCAGUCGGAAACAUGAGCCAGUACCAAGACCAGCACCGAGCCGAGCCCUCCUCGACGGCUCAAGGGCAAUCAUACCACAACCCUGCAGAGGGCAGUCACUAUGAUGACUACCAGAGCAGCGUCGGUCCUCCUGGCUACGAUAUGGUGACAGGUGGGUCUGGUGGCACAUACCAACACAAUCACUAUCCGCAUGAAAAGUAG